AUGGUCCAAGGGCGAGUGCUUGUCAUCGCGGGGUCAGACAGUUCGGGCGGAGCUGGACUUGAAGCGGACCAGAAAGUCAUUGCUGCUCAUGGCUGCUACGCCAUGACGGCCACUACGGCUCUUACUGCGCAGAACACUCAAGGCGUCAAGGGCAUUCAUGUCAUUCCAACCGGGUUUGUCUCUCAGCAGAUCGACGCUUGUGUUGAAGAUGUCGGUGUCGAUGUUGUCAAGACUGGCAUGCUUGCUUCUACAGAGACAAUAGAGAUGGUUGCAAAGACCAUGGUUAAGCAUAGCAUCACAGCGCUAGUCGUUGAUCCAGUCAUGGUUUCGACUUCUGGUGCAACACUCCUCCCCAAUGAAGCCAUCCAACAUCUCUGUAAGCAUCUUCUACCGCACACUACGGUCCUCACGCCAAACAUUCCUGAAGCCAUUCUUAUCCUUUCCCAAAAUGGUCAAGAAGCCCCCGAGGUUCGCAGUGUGCAAGACCUUGAGACUGUAGCUCAACGAAUCCAAGCCCUUGGUCCAAAGUGGGUGCUUGUAAAGGGCGGACACCGACCCAUGAAGGAGGACUUGACUGUGGCCGAGACAGAAGAGGAGAGGAGUGCUGUUGUGGAUGUUCUUGUUGGUGGUGACGGUGAGGUUGUCAGAGUCAAGAGCCCGUACCAGGCGAGCUCAAGUACCCAUGGCACAGGAUGCUCUUUGGCGUCGGCCAUCGCAUCAAACUUGGCCAAGGGUCUUGAUACACCAACGGCUGUUCGAUCAGCCUGCCGAUACAUUGAAGCUGCCAUUCGAACAGCACCUGGUCUUGGUAAGGGGCAUGGUCCUCUAAACCACUUCCACUCGACUUAUACUCUUCCAUUUGCUCCCGGCUACUUCAUCGAGUGGCUUCUCGAGCGCCCUGAUGUCCGUGACGUCUGGAAGGAGUUUGUUUACCAUCCCUUCGUCAUGGCCAUGGGUGACGGAACCCUGCCUCUCGAAUCCUUCAAGGGAUAUAUCAUUCAAGAUUACCUAUACUUGAUUCACUUUUCACGUGCCAAUGCUCUGGCUGCCUACAAGGCGCAAAACAUUGAGGAUAUUUCCCGAGCAACAGAAAUUGUUCAGCAUAUCAUGCAUGAACUGAAGCUCCAUACCUCAUACUGCGAGAGCUUCGGCGUCUCCAUUGAGCAGAUCCGUGCUACACCAGAGAAACAGGGCAAGUUUAAGCAGGCUCAUGUCAAGUGA